AUGAUCUUUCAUAUCCGUGGGAUUUCUGGAGUACUGGCUAAGUUUGGAUCUGAUUGUUUAUCGGUAAAUCCUAUAACGAGGUAUACUUCGUCUCGUUCAUUUGAAGUACCAGACACAAAUAUCAAACAUGAUUAUACACAACAACAGCAACAACCCCCAAAUGAACCGAUUAUUACAUCGAGGAAACUACAACCACCUGUAUUCUGUUCAGUUGGCAACAGUCCUAGAUUAACCUGGGUGGAAACACUUAAACCAUUCAGUUUAUCAACAUCUUUAACAUCGAACGGUCUUAUUGGUAUGGUUGAUUUACAUCCAGAUAUUUUUGCUGUUUUUCCACGUAUUGAUGUUGUACACAAGAAUUUAUACUGGCAAGCUCAUUAUCGACUAGUAGACUGGCGAUGUAUAACUACUAGAGCUGAAUUACCGUAUAGAAGUAGGAAAAAGCCUUGGCCUCAGAAGAAAACUGGGAAAGCUCGACACGGCAAUCGUCGUACGCAUAUAUGGAUUAAUGGAGGUCAAUGCAAAGGUCCACGUGGUCCUGAGUCAUUCUUCUCUGUGCUACCGUAUGCUGAUCGAAUUACGGGCUUACUUUCAAUGCUGUCUAUAAAACAUGCUCAGAAUGAUUUACAUAUUGUCGAUGAUUUCACUUUAUCGGAGAAAUUGGAAGAAGAAGCUAAGAAUAUAUUAACUGAAGCACAAGCUGCUGCAAUGCAUGAUCCAGACGCUUUAGAAGAUCCACUAUCUCCACUCAAUAAAACACGUCACUAUCGUUUAACUAAGACAAUGAAUGAAGCGGCAAUUUAUGUCCGUCAACUGGUAGAUACUCGUCGAUGGGGUCCAUCUGUUUUGUUUGUAGAUGAGCAUUCUCCAGCAUGUCAACUGUCUAUCCCACAACCAGGAAGUGAUGUCAUUUCUAAUGGCGUAAAUGAGAUAACUAAUAAUACAAGCACAAACAACUUAGCGAUUUGUCUAGCUUGUAGUUCUUAUGAAAACCACGUGAAAACUGAAAUCUCUCCAGAAUCAUCAGCAUUUAAACCAGAUGCUAUAGCUCCUCGGGCUACUCAUCCAGGAAGAGGUUUAACAUUUAUGCCAGUACAUAGCUUAAAUGUUUGGUCUAUGGUACAUCAUGAUACAUUAGUUAUAACACUAAAGGCCUUGGAACUGUUGGAACAACGAUUGAUUGCUGCUCAAACUAUUGUAGUUCGUAAUGAAACUAAAAUUUCACAAAAUUUACAUCCAUUACCACCAGAUUGGUUCAGUGCUGCAGUGGAAGGUGAAGCUGAAGACCAUAUCGAAACGUCAUUUGAAAAUCGACACUUUACUGAUCCUAUCGACUCAUCGAAAUGGAGGAAACUCACUCUUUAA